AUGGAGACGGUUUUAGCAGCUAAUCGCAUCGAUUAUGAAUCUGUGCGAGAUCUGCUUUAUUCUAAAUGUGGCAGUUUUGGUACAUCUUCUACUCCCUCAGAACGCAGUGUCACAGGGAACAUUUUGUCCAAAUUGAUCUCAAAUGAUCUUGCCAAAUUAAUAAGUUGGAGUGGAUCAGAAGGCGAUAAGAUAAAAUUUUCUGAAACACAACUAUGUGAAGUUGUAUUUGGUGCAGUUAAAUUACGUUUUCCUGAUAGCUUUUUUAUUGAAGCUAAAGCAAAGAUCAAGCGUUGGUUUCAAACUGCAAAUGGAAGGAAAGUUAAUGAGUCGCAAAAUUCUGAUGCCUAA